GCCCCCAAACAGGGCGGAGGAGCGGGGCGGGAGGACUUCAAAAGCGGGUUUGCCGGCCGCCACCAGGAAAACAGCAGACGCGGUGCGGGUGGGCGGGCCGCCCCCUCUGGGUCGCCGCGCUGGCCCUGUGACGUCGCGGGCGGCCGGCUCCGGCGGGCGUGGGAUGCCUCGCGGCGUCACCGCUCCGCUCCACGCCGUGCCGCGCCGCCCGUGGGAGAGCGAGGAGCGGCCACCCCGCCGCUGCAGAGCCCGGCGCUCCGAGCCCGAGCCGGGCCGCGCGUCCCCGGGCUUCGCCUUCCCCUCCCGUGACCUCGGCCUCCUCCCCGCCCUUCGCCCGCGGGCCGAGCCUGCGGCCAGGCGCCCGGCGCCCCUCUCCGAGCCUCCCGCGGCCGCGGCCCCGGCCACCUCCUCCUUUCCUCCUCCCUCUCUCCUCCCCCGCCUCUUCCGUUUCUCGAGGGAAAGCUGCAGCCUCCUCCUGGGCUCCGCAUCCCCGGCUGAGGGCUGACGCUGCCCCGCGGACGCGGCCGUCCUCGCCGUGGCCUGGGUCCCCCGGCUGCGUGAGCGGCGCGCGCGCCAUCGCCUCUCCGUGCGCCAGUACUUCUCCGGCUGACAGCCCAGUGGCUGGCUGCCGUUCCCACCAGGAGCUGGCAUUGCAAAGGGAGGUUCAGAAAUGUCCCAGAUCCUCCGCGAGCUGCUCCGCGUCUCGGAGCGGGCUGCCAACAUCGCCCGGGCGUGCAGGCAGCAGCAAGCGCUCUUUCAGCUGCUGAUCGAAGAAAAGAAAGAGGGCGAAAAGAACAAGAAGUUCUCGGUUGACUUCAAGACCCUCGCUGAUGUGCUGGUGCAGGAAGUGAUAAAGCAGAAUAUGGAGAACAAGUUUCCAGGCCUGGAAAAAAAUAUUUUUGGAGAAGAAUCCAAUGAGUUUACUAAUGAUUGGUUUGUCUUUACUGCAGGGGAAAAGAUUACUGUGAGGCUGUGUUCUGCUGAGGAAGAAACAGCAGAGCUGCUUAGCAAGGUGCUUAAUGGUAACCAGUCGGCAUCUGGAGCCUUAGCCAAAGUUGUUCAUCAGGACGUGGCCUUCACUGAUGCAACUCUGGAUUCAGUAGAGAUCAGCAUUCCACAGGACACGUUAGGAAUCUGGGUGGAUCCCAUAGAUUCAACUUAUCAAUAUAUUAAAGGCUCUACUGACAUUAAAUCCAAUCAAGGAAUCUUCCCUUCUGGCCUUCAGUGUGUCACCAUUUUAAUUGGUGUUUAUGACAUCCAAACAGGGGUACCUCUGAUGGGAGUUAUCAAUCAGCCUUUUGUGACACAAGAUCCAAAGACUCUCAGGUGGAAAGGACAGUGCUACUGGGGCCUUUCUUACAUGGGGACCAACAUCCAUUCCCCCGAGCUGGCGUCUCUAAAGGAAAGAGGGAGUGCAGCAGGAACGCAGCAGCUCUGAGGCACGAGCCCCCCACCCUUCUCGGCCGUCAUCAGCACCAGUGAAAAGGAGACCAUCAAGGCUGCGCUGGCACGCGUGUGUGGUGAUGGCAUUUUCCGAGCAGCCGGGGCUGGUUACAAGAGCCUGUGUGUUGUCCAAGGCCUUGUUGACAUUUACAUCUUUUCAGAAGACACCACGUUCAAGUGGGACUCCUGUGCUGCUCAUGCCAUACUGAGGGCCAUGGGUGGGGGAAUGGUAGACUUGAAAGGAUGCUUGGAAAGAAAUCCAGACACGGAGCCGGACUUGCCAGAGUUGGUAUACCACGUGGAAAACCCAGGGGCCACUGGGGUGGAUCGCUGGGCCAACAGGGGAGGACUGGUCGCAUACAGAUGCAAGAAGCAGCUGGAGGCCUUCCUCAGCCUCCUCAUCCAAAACCUUGAGCCUUGGGAGACACAGACGUAGAUGGAGUCUGACCUCAGUGUCCACUUCAGUGGAACUCCGAAGCUGGUCCCCUUAUCUCCAUCUCUUGAAGACAGCUUUGUCCUGUUGGUGGUUAACAGCACCUUCCUCUGUUGAGGAGUGUUUUUCCAUUUUAUGGUCAUGUAAUGCUAAAUUUCAAUAAAUGACAUUCUUACAGCAA